CAUCUUGCCAGAGUUUCGAUAUAGAGAUGAUGAUUUAUAGCAAAGGCUGCUUGUACAACCUCAGAGGAGUGUGAUCGAUCACUUUUUUUAACUGUAAAAGAGAAUCAAACAGGAUUUGGAGAAUGGGCAAAUAUAGAUGGAAGCUUCCGAUUCUGUGUAUCAUACUAUUUGUCUGUGUAAGGUAUUUUGUGUACCGACAAGCCGACCUAAACACAGAAGUUCCAGCCUCUCCUCAUGGAGGAAAAGCGGAAAUCGUAACGACUAUUAAUUAUUCCGCUCAAAUUUCAGACAAUUCAAAAAUAAUGCACAACGUAACAUUGAUUCGUGAAUUAAACGGACAGCAACCCAAAAUAAAUACAGUCGUUCCAGUUUUGCCGCAAGGAGGAAAGGUGGACAUCGUAUCGAAUAGCAAUUCUUCCGUUCACAGCUCUGACACGUCAAAAAUGAAGCAUAACGGAACGUUGAGUAUUGCAAUUAAAGGCCGCCUCGGAAAUCAGAUGUUUCAAUAUGCUUCAAUAAUUGGCCUAGCCGACAUGAUGAACUUCACACAGAUUGUCAUCGAUGGAGGUCAGGAUCUGUUGUCCUCAUUUCAACUCUCUGACAAAAGAGUAAAUUUUACUCGAAUAUCAACCAAGUGGAGAACUAUAAAUGAACUUCUAUGUUGUGCUUUUGACAAACGACUUACCCAGUACAAUAACACAGAGGAUGUCCACGUAAACGGAUACUUAGUAUCAACGAAGUAUUUUCACAAUAUUGAGAAACACAUUAAAAACGAAUUCAAAUUUGUGCCCCGAAUCUUGACAGAGGCAAAGAUAAUUAAAAAUGACAUUGCGAAACAGUUUUAUGUCACAGGAGUAAAUUACACAUAUAUCGGUGUACAUGUCCGAAGAGGUGAUUUCCUUAAGAAAUCGAAUAUCGAGGUCGGCCAUUUCACUGUAACAAAAGAAUUUAUUACUCGUGCAUUACAAAUGUGUACUAAAAUGUUUGGAAACGAUACCAUUUUCGUCUUUAGUUCGAAUGGUAUGGAUUGGGUUAAAUACAAUUUUAAUAAUGACACAAACUUGAAGAUCGCUUUCUUAGAGGGUAAUCCUGCCGCCGUGGAUAUGGCUGUUUUGAGUUUGUGUGACCAUAGUAUUGUCUCCACCGGGUCUUAUGGUUGGUGGGCAGCUUGGCUGGCGGGAGGGACGACUAUCAUUUCUAAGCAGCAGGCCAUAAAUGAAUCGUUUCUUGAUAAGCAAUUCGUCUAUUCGGAGUAUUUUCCUCCGAAAUGGGUAAUUUUAGAUUGAAACUGAUGAGUAUGCGUGUGGUUGGUUAUAUAUGAAGACGCCAUGUUAUAUCCAAAAAUAGUUUUGAAAAAUAACGGUAAUAUUGACCAAACAGACGGAAUAGUGAUAAGUUGUUCUUUAUCAAUUUCCGGAUUAAUUUAAAAAUAAUUAUUAAAUAGUUAUGUAAGCAACGUUAUUAAAAAUAUCACCUUCUUUACGACAAACAUGAACAUAUAAGACAUAACUGUAGACGAAUAAUAU